AUGGCAUGUGCGGUGUUACAACAAGUGAGAACUUCACAGGAUACUCAGCUGUUGCCAAAUCAGGUUCUCACAGAGCAGCAGUCCUUGGUUGUUAUGAAGAAGCUUCUGGCCAUUGCAGUGUCUGGCAUCACAUACCUCCGGGGGCUUUUCCCUGAGAAAGCCUACGGGCGCAAAUAUGUUGAAGAUCAGAAAGUGAUGAUCCUUAAAGAAGAGCGCAGCUGUCCCGGUGCAAGUCAGAUUGUUCAUUGGUUGCAGGGCUGCUUUGAUGCCAUCCAGAAGAAGUAUCUGCGGGUAGUCCUCAUGUCUAUCUACACUGACCCGGAGAACCCCCAGAAAGUGACUGAGUUUUACCAGUUCAGGAUCCAGUACACUACAAAAGAACCGCUGAUUGACUUUGAGAGCAGCAACAACAACAACAAGAUGUCGAUGUCAUGUGGCAACACAAAGAAGGCGAGCGUGUUGCUGGUGAGGAAGCUGUACACUCUGAUGCAGAACCUGGGACCUCUGCCAGACAGCGUGUGCCUCAACAUGAAGCUGGCUUACUAUGACAACGUCACUCCUCAGAACUACCAGCCGCCAGGCUUCAAGGAUGCUGACGGCGACACCGUGGAGUUUGAGAAGGAGCCAGUCAAGCUCACCAUGGGUGAGGUGGUUACUCCCUUCUACACUCUGAAGAUGGACAUGGCCACAGAGAGACAGAGACUGGAGCAGGUGGAGGAGAGUGUUCGUGUGACAGAGAAGUGGGUUCUGAAUAUACAGGAGGAGGGCGUCAUGUCACAGAGUCGCGUUGAAGACGGGGAGAGGCCUGACAACGGGAACACAGACUUGGACAACACUGAGAUCCAGAUAAGCUGCCAUGAGAAGAUCAACAGCUGUGAGAGAGCCACAGAGAUGGACACUCUGGAGAAGAGGAGCUCUGACGUGGAGGGCGGCCUGAAGAGGACCAGAAGUGGACGGAUCAUCAGGUCCGCUACGCUGGCAGCUCUGAAGGACAAAACGGUUCGUCAGUAUGACAUCCCCAACAGCCAGGAAAAGGCGUCCACCUCCGCUGCUCAGAAGAAACGCAAAUUCAGCGAGCCCAAAGAACUCUUCUGACCUCGCGUUCCACCGCUGACACAGCGGGAGAGCUGUGGUCGUUUCCCUUCACGAUUUUUAAAAAGCAAAGUUACGUAGCUCUUUUAAAGGAACUUCUGCUCCUUUCAGCAUUUAUUUUCCGGUUGUGACAUAACUUUUAAUUGUUUUACAGUUUAUUUGCAACACAAAUUAAAAAUGUUAGCAAUUUACACAUUUGAAGAUAGAAAAGUUGACAAAUGUAUUCUCAUGAUUUAAAGUUGACUUUGGAUGAUUGUUUGUUUUACGGUUGCCAUUCUCAGUUCCUCGUUUGCACAGCAGGAUUUCAUACUGGAAUAAAGUACAAAAAUGCGUCCGUGUUGUCUGGUGUUGCACUU